AUGGCCAUUGAAUCCAAUCUCGAGUCGAAUAGAGUGAAAGAGUUGGACGAGCUCCUUUCUAUCAUCCACCCGAAAAUUGUGCUGUACGUGGCACAAGCAGACCCAAACUCUUCAGAGUACAAGCAGGAAUCGCUAGGUACUUAUCACGAGCCGCAAGCGUUGAAGAAAGUCUUCACUGGCAACGAUGCCAUUUUCAAGAAGGGAUUGAAACACUCGCAAGACGAGCUUUUUGAACAGAUUGACAAUGUCCUCAAGUACUCUGUGAAUACUUGGAACCCUGGGUUCUUGGAUAAGUUGUAUGCUUCCACUAACCCAAUCGGAGUUAUCAGUGACAUCAUCUUGUCGGUGUUGAACACCAAUUCUCAUGUGUAUACCGUCUCCCCAGUAUUAUCUGUGUUGGAGAACUAUAUGGGAAAGAAGUAUGCUAGGUUCUUUUGGGAAGAGAGCGCCACAGCUGGUGGUCUUACGUUCUCUGGAGGCUCCUGGUCCAACAUCACCGCCAUGCACAUGGCCAGGUCACUCAAGUUCCCCGAAACUAAGCUCGAAGGUAAUGCUGGACGCAAGUUUGCCGUCUUCUCAUCGAAGCACUGUCAUUACUCCGUGGAAAAGGCUGCUAUCUUACUUGGUAUGGGUCAGAAGAGCGUUUUCAAGGUUGACAUAAAUAAAGAUGGCACGAUGAAGCCCGAGGCACUUGAUCAGGCCAUCGAGAAAGCGAUCCAGGAUGGAUAUACGCCAUUUUUCAUCAAUGCAACUGCAGGUACCACCGUGUUCGGGUCGUUUGACGAUUUAGAGGCAAUUGGUCCCAUUGCCAAAAAACAUAACUUAUGGCUUCAUGUGGAUGGGUCAUGGGGCGGAAAUGUCGUCUUCUCCGAGGAGCACAAGCGUAAGUUGAAGGGAGUAAAGUUUGCCGAUUCGGUUACCGUCAAUCCUCACAAGAUGCUAGGCACACCUACCACCUGCUCCUUCUUACUUGUGCAAGAUGUGCGUCAUUUCCAGACGGCUAACUCUCUCAGUGCGCCAUAUUUGUUCCAUGGAAGAGACAAUGACGAAGAAAACCACGACUUGGCUGACGGUACCAUGGGAUGCGGCAGAAGAGCUGAUUCGUUCAAGUUUUAUUUGACAUGGUUGUAUUACGGAGAAGAUGGGUUGCGUGAACGUGUUGACCAUGCUUUUGCCAUUGUUGAUUACUUCAAAGAGAAAAUCUCCUCCGUGCCUGGAUUUGAAUUGGUGGUUGCAGUGCCCCAGUGUUUGCAGGUAUGCUUCUACUAUCGUCCAACAGGAUACGAUAAAACCAGCCUUACGGACGUUACAAGGUACGUAUCACGCGAGCUACACAAGAGAGGUAAAUACCUUGUGGACUUUUCGCCUGAUACAUCUAACGAUACCAAGGGAGAGUUUUUCCGUGUGGUAUUCAAUUCACCCAUUCUCACUGAUAAAGUGGUGGACGAUUUGGUGGAGAGUAUCGUUGCUAUUGGCAAAGAGUACCAGGACAAUUAG